AUGUGGCAAGCAAACUGCAGGCGAAUGCAUAAUUUAGCAGACUGGAUUUCCGGGACAGUGAUGGGAGGCUGUGUGGGGAGGAGCAGGAUGGAUGGACAAGGGAGUGCCCAGAGCUCGACAAGGAGCAAAAAACGUGGAGCGCGCAAUGAGCCCCUCAAGAAGGAGCGUCCAAAGUGGAAGAGCGAGUACCCGAUGACGGAGGGCCAGCUGAGGAGCAAGAGGGACGAGUUUUGGGACACGGCUCCGGCCUUUGAUGGACGGAAAGAGAUCUGGGACGCACUCAGAGCAGCAGCCCUGGCUGCAGAGUGUAAUGACCUGGAGCUAGCACAGGCUAUAGUGGACGGAGCCUGCAUCACUCUGCCACACGGCUCUCUCACGGAGAGUUACGAUGAACUGGGCAACCGCUACCAGCUCCCAGCCUACACUUUAGCCCCGCCUGUCAACCUCAUCAGCGAGACGUCCACUGAGAGCAAAGUUUCUGAAUCCACACAAAAACAAGCCCAGGCCCCUCCCUGCAGGCAGGAGUUCCAGCUGCGGGUGCGACUGUCAUCAGGAAAGGAUGUGCGUCUGACAGCCAGCUUGGCGGACUCCAUCGCCGAGCUCAAGAAACAAUUGCAGGAGCAGGAGGAAAUCGAGGUGACCCGCCAGAGGUGGUUCUUCUCCGGAAAGCUCCUGACCGACAAGACUCGCCUGCAAGACGCCAAGAUCCAGAAGGACUUUGUCGUCCAAGUGAUCGUCAACACUAACCCUGCGGUCAUAGCCAACUGACGACUGAGACAGAGGGGCCGUGCAGUGAAGAAGAGAUAAAGGACGUGCCAGAGAGGAGUGCAGGAGUAGGAGUAGGGCUUGGAAUGAUUUUCCAGUUGGUAUUGCAGUGGAAUUUUAUGUACAUUUUUAUAUAAGAUAUUAUUGCUUUUAUAUUGCUCCUUUUUGUAUUUUUUCCUUUUUCCAAAUUAAGUGAGAAUACUGAAAAGCACUGAAAACACUUUAGAUUAAAAGUAGAGUCCUAAGAUGCACAUCCCAGUAUCUGUCUGUCUGUCUGUCUGGACAUCAACUCACAGCUCUAUUGUUUACACGGGUCCCUUCCCCCUCGUCAUGUGUGUUACUUGUGCUUAUUGAUAAACUGAUUAUGGUUCACCUGGGGAUCCAAAAAAAGGGAAAAACUGUUAAGACUUUUUUUUUUCCUCGUCUUUUUUUUUUUUUUAAAUAAAGAUUUCUGUCAUGCUUUUUUAAAAAGCAGGGUAAAGAUGGCAGAAAAUGAAACUGUAAAUAUAAGUUUUCCUUAUGUGUCGUUUGGUUAUGUAAUACGUGCGCACUACAUUUUCCACUCACAGCUGCAUAUUCGCAAUAAAGGCAAGGAAUGUAAUGAAGGGCACCUUUCUAAAAGGUAAUAAGAGAUGUGACCUGUUUUUUUUUUUUUUUUAUUUCAUCUCUCCAAACAAGAUAUUGUAGUCUAUGUACAAUACGAUGCUCACUGUACUUGAAUAACUUAUCAAUAAAUAUUGUAAAUCUAAAGUCA